AAACCCCCAAAUUAAUUCAGUCUUCCUCUUUCACUCUCCCCUCAAAUCAAAGAAAGAAAAAAACCUAGCAAUGGGCAUCGACAGUGCGAGGACAGGGCUGGUGCAACGACGGUCGUUCAACAGCUGAAGUUUCUUUCUUUCUUUUUUUUUUCCCUCCAUUUCUCUCUUUCUUUUGCUCUGUUCCAGUCGGUUCGUCGCUAUCAGGAGUAUAUCUAGAAUUGAUUAUAGUCUGAAACCAAAUGUUCUACCUUAGCCGAAUUGAGCACACCUUGCGUGUGCCCCCUGACAUUUUGAGACGACCUUUAGCUGAAGCCAUUAAGGUGGAGCUUGAGAAGCUUUUUUUAGACAAGGUUGUUUCAAACUUGGGGCUUUGUAUUUCUGUCUAUGAUAUUAGAUCCAUUGAAGGUGGUUUUAUCUUUCCUUCUGAAGGUGCUGCAACUUAUACGGUGGUGUUCACCUUGAUUAUGUUUCGUCCCUUUGUUGGAGAGAUUAUUGGCGCAAAACUAAAGGAAUCCGAUGCUAAUGGUUUACGCCUUUCUCUUGGCUUUUUUGAUGACAUUUAUGUACCUGUCAAUUUAUUGCCUCAGCCAUCACGCCAUGAGCCUGAUCCAAGAAAGAGAGACAGAGUGACAUGGAUAUGGGACUAUAAUGGAGAAGAUUUCAUUAUUGAUUGGCAGGAUGAGAUAAGGUUCCAAGUUCGGAGCGUAAAUUAUCCUCCGGUUCCAAUUGAACAGCUGAAUGAGUCAAAGCCAUUUGCCCCUAUGGUGAUUACUGGGUCACUGGAUUUUGAUGGUUCAGGCCCUAUUUCAUGGUGGACUGAUGCAGAACAAGUUGAGUAGUAAAAAAGAAGAAAGCUUUAGAUAGGUAGGAAAUUUUUGUAUCAGUUAAGCUUGUAGCUUUUUCUGUCCUAUAAAGAUAGAAGAGAAACCUCUGAAGUUCAAAGUAAAGAACAAAGAAGAAUGAUUUACUGUCGUUUGCUGGAAAAAGUGAUUGUAUUUGUACUGUGAUAACAAGAACAUUCCAUUUGACUCAAAUUGUAAAUUGACAGUAGUUUUGAAGCUCA